UGGAAAUAGCUUAGUUAUUAUUUUUGCCAUUAUAUCAUCGGCUGUUGGAGGAUCUCAGGAAUAUAUGAAACAAUCACUGCUUUUGUAAGUCCACUUGGUUCCAGUUAGUGUGAAUACAGUAAAUUGCUGAACACAUGGUGAUGCCUGACUCAACAGCUGGAACGGUUUUAUUGGUCUCUCAGCUCUUGGCUCUGAAUCCGGGCACAAAAACAUUUGGUAAUAUUCACAGAGCAUUUUAUAAGCAGCUGCAGACCACCUUGCCUUCAGGUUAUGUUGCACUUGUAACUUUAAAAUGCUUAUGACACUUGACAAUUUUAAACACAAACUUGAACCUUUAAAUAAAAGGACACUGAAAUAAAUAGGUAGGUGGUUCCGCCUGUGCAUCUAAGUAUAUCUAUUCCACAGCGUCCUAUUUUCCCAUUGGAUAACUUUGUGAGUAAGAGACGCAUCAUUGCUUCCGCUGUGAAAUACUGUUGCACUGACUUGAAUUUAUGACAUCAUCAUGAAAGUAUUUUUUGGCAGAGUACUUGCUUAAACAGGGCGGAUGUUAUGGACUCUGUUUCACUGGGCUGUACACACUUGGUGUCUCUUCUCUUGGAGAAUGCUUUCCCACCCGAUUUCUGGAAAAUUAUGUAGUAAAGUUUGUGCACCCUCUUGCAGAAAAAGGACUUAUAUUGCAGAAAAAUGCCCAUGGGUCAUAAUUUUUCAACUGUGAUCAUCAUGCUCCAGAUAUGUUUGAUGUUCUCUUUGCUGUCAGUUGUCCUCUCCCAGUCAACAUUUAAUACAACCAAGAAAGAUCGCCAUAUCACUGUCCAGUCCUCCCAGCUGGUCUGCAGUCUGCCAGGUCCAUCAGGGCCUGCAGGAAAUCCUGGAGCUCCUGGAUCACCAGGAGCCAUGGGGCCUAUGGGCCCUCCAGGAAAGGAUGGACCAGAUGGGAAGGAUGGAGAGAAGGGACAACGAGGAGACAGAGGUGAUGCAGGGAGGACUGGAAAUCAAGGUAAGCCAGGAGUGAAAGGCCGUGAAGGUGUUAUUGGUAAGGCUGGACCUCGAGGACUAAAGGGGCCACGUGGAACCCCUGGACUAGCUGGAAAACAGGGACCAAAAGGAGAGGUAGGUGACAUGGGGGAGCAAGGAGCUCCAGGAGGCUGCAACUGUGGCAGCACUGCCCGCUCAGCCUUUUCUGUGGCAAUGACCAAAAGCUAUCCCAAGGAGCGAAUGCCCAUCCGCUUCAGCCGAAUCCUGCUGAAUGAGGGGAAUCAUUACAAUGCCACCAGUGGAAAGUUUGUCUGUGCUAUUCCUGGAGUCUAUUAUUUCACCUAUGAUAUCACACUAGCAAACAAGCACCUGGCCAUUGGGCUGGUUCACAACGGACAGUACAAGAUCAAGACAUUUGAUGCAAAUACAGGAAACCAUGACGUGGCAUCUGGUUCUACUGUUCUCCAGCUGCAGCAGUCUGACCAGGUGUGGCUGCAAAUCUUUUACUCUGAGCAAAAUGGACUUUUCUUUGACCCUUUCUGGACGGACAGCACUUUCACUGGGUUCCUUAUAUAUGCUGACCAGGAAUUUCUCAAUGAGGCUGACAGAAAGGCCAACGCUAAAGGGGACAGUUAAUACUAGUUUGGUGUUGUUUUCAUUUUAUUUGUAAUAUCAGUUGCACUAACAUUGUCCAUACAUUUGAUCCACAUAAGAAGGCGUUUGUUUGACAUGUUCUAACACCAGAUGGCGCAAGAGAGAGCGGAAACUUGUCAUAGAAGGACUUGAUGUUAUAGUGCUUUUUGGCUUCUUAAUCUUCAUGCCUCUUUAAGUCUGACAAGAUUCUAUCAGUUUUCUUUUCUUUCACAGUAAAGUAACAGAUCGUACUCAAUGCUAUAUUUUUCUCCUUUAACAAAAUUAUAAUAUAGAAUGGAUAUAAAAUUACAAUUGUUUCAUAAGUUUCACAGACUGUUUUUUUUUUCUCAAAAAGAAGAUGCACAGCAUUUGGUGCUCCAGAUGGAAUAAAAUAGGAAACUUAGAUCUGUACAUAAAAAAUGGUUUUCUGUUAAACUGUGACACUAUGAUAAGUGAUUUUUAAUUACUGUGAAAGGAAAUGCUUUUGUUUAAAGGUAAAGCUUAAAGUGGUUCUUAAAUAAAUAAAUAAAGUGGUGGCCAAAAUUAUCACAACACUUGGCAUAUUUAAAAGGUUUCAUCUUUUUUGUAUCAUAAGCAUCAUGAGGAGAUUUUGGUCAACUUAAUUACAAAAAACAAUGAAAUCCUAUUUUACUGUUGAUAACACACAAUCAUGUUCAGAAGAAACCAAAUUCCUUGUGAAUUCAUUGUCAGGUGUGAUUGUGGUUAAACUGAAGGUGAUGCAAGAGCCUUAGGACACAGCUGUGUGAUUCUGUUCUAUAUAUAAGGUCUAUCCUGCUCAUUAAGUAAAUACUGAAGUUAAAAGUGGAUAAAAACAUUAUGACUCACUUCAUCUGCUAUUACUUGUGCUCAGAACAACCAUCUGCAUAUUUCAUGAAUAUUAUGACAUGAAAUCAUAUUUUGAGGGGAAAAAGACAGCAUUUUC